AUGCUGACGUCCGUAGCGGCUACUGUCGCGAGACCAGUCAUGGAUAGCUACAGUACCGAGACGGAAUAUUUUCAAAAAUGUCGCUAUAUUCAUGAAGUUGAACUGGUCAAUAUGAAAUUGCAAAUGAGAAUCUUAGAGACACACCUAGAAGGGGCGAUUUCAGGUCGGGCGAGCACGUAUAUCCCGAGCUCGCAAAUUCUCAAAGGGAUUUCAGUUCUGUCGUUGGACUUCGGUGCACUCCGCGAUGAAAAUCUGAGGCUGAAAGUUGCGUUGGCUGAUGCUCACAAGAGCAUUCGACUGUCACAGCUUACCGAAGACGAAGACUACGAGAGUGAUAUUCCGUCCAGUGAAGAUCGAUUCCGUGUCAGGUCGGAGCACUUGUUUUCAGAUUUUUUGAUUUACCUUUUUGAUUUUUGCCGAUUUUCCCAAUAA